AUGAGAUCAGCUUCCAGUUGCCCAGUUUGUAAAGUCCCCUAUCGGCGAAGAGAGGUUCGCCCUGCUCCUCAUAUGGAUAACUUGGUCUGCAUUUACAAGAGUAUGGAAGUUGCUUCGGGAGUCAACAUAUUUGUCACGCAAACUGCACCUUCAACUAAACUAUCAGAUAUGCAAGCAGAACUUUUUCCCCAUACAUUUACUAUCUUGCCUGCAUAUGUUUCUAUAUUACUAGCAAACGUUGGAUUCUCUGGUCUUCUUGCUAAGAACAGUGAAAUUUGUUCUUCUAGCUGGAACAGAAGUUUACUAGACACAGAAGCCAGUUCUUGUGAGUUCAGAGAAAAUGCAGGAAACCCACCUGAAAGUGAUGGGGUUUGUGGAAGCAAAGAGACAUCAGUCCAAGAGAAUUCAAGAAGAUCCAAAGGAAAAGGGUCAAAAGGAUCAAAGAAAAUUUUUGAAAGUUGUAGUUUGAACCCUGUUAGACCUUCCUUUCCAACAAAGAAAAGGGUCCAGGCGACGGACUAUCCUCCCCCAGAGACCCCAAAACACCCUAAGCUUGAUUGUGGGAUGGAUGAAAUACCCAAAGAUGGACCUAAGAAAAGUUCAGUCCUAUUAGAGGAGAAACAUGCUCUAAAUGAAAAGGGAGAUCCAGUAUUUUCUCCAUUCUUCUGGCUGAGAGAGGAAGAGGAUGUAGAGAAGUCAAGUCAGCAGACCGAUGGGGAUCUUAUAAUGGAAACGCCACCAGAUGCUCCUUGCUUCAGUGAUAUCAAGGAGUCAGAUGAUGAAGCUCCCUGUAAAAUGACCCCGGAAAAGGGAACUUGUAUGGGACCAAAUGAUGCAGAUAUAUAUGACAGUGAGAUGUUUGAAUGGACACAAAGAGCUUGCUCUCCUGAACUCUUUUUGAGUCCCAUGAAAGUUCUGGUUGAAGCUACGGAUGAAAACAUCAAUGUUAAAAAGAAGUGCAAAUCUGCUUCACAAAGCAGUAAGGCAAAUGAAGAAUCUGCAAUUGGGAACAGAAAAAGCAGGAUACCUGAGAUGGGAAAUGACAACAUGGAAACAAGUUUACCGACUUUGUCCUGUCCUAGAACCAAAAGUGUUGCCAAAUCUAACAAGAGAGUUAGGAAGGCAAAUGGAAGCACCCUCAAAAAGAGAGCCAAGAAAAAUAUAUGUGAAGUAAUUGGAAUUAGUAGUGAUUUACAGAAAGUAGCUGACUAUGUUAUUCAAGAGAAGACGUGUGACAACAAUGAGAGUUCAUUAAAUCUGGUGAAAACUUGCAAACGAAACAAAAAGGUUGGCUUUGAUGCUAGUGCUACAGGAUCAGUGGCAGAAAAUUCUCACACUUUAUGUGCUGGGGCAAUUCCUUUGAUUCAGGGGGAUAAAACUGUGGUUGCUCACUUGUCAGCUUCAUCAGUACAGAAGGAAGACAGUGAAGGAAGUAAAAAUCUGAAGAAAAGUGGAAAAAUCAAUAAGACAAUGGAUCCACAAAGGAGAGAUCGUACAAGAUCGAAAAUCCAACAACUGAAUACUGCUAAGAACAUAAUGCAAAGCAAAAACAUUGAGGUUUUGACCUCUCAGGUGCUCAGUAAAUCUCCUUCUAUAAGUGAUGACAAGGAAAAUCAUGAUCUGGGUGUGAAAUCCAGAAAAGUUCAACGUAAGAACACUAGUAAUCUGAAAUGUUUAAAGAAGGUGAAGUUUUCCAUGGACAGUAUAUGCAAGGAUAAGUUGGCUGGUGGAAUUGCAACUAUUCGAGAAAGGGUUGAUGCAAAAGAAAUUCACCAUUUGAAGGCGCUCAAGGCAAUUUUGAUGUCAAAGUUAUCAACGAUUCAUCAAAAAUGCAGAAGAAGACUCGGAGGUUUCGGGGUCAUGGUUCACUACUUCGAAGGCCAGCCUGUCGGGGCAGAUUAUAAUGGAGGCUUAAACAUCACGCAUGCACACAGAUAUUGCACAGAAUGGGCCCCUAAUGUGUACUUUGAAGAUGAUAAUGCAAUCAACCUUGACACUGAAGUAUCCAGAAGUAGGAGAAUCAAAUGUUGUUGCUGCGGAAUCAAAGGGGCAGCUCUUGGAUGUUAUGAUAAGAGUUGUCGCAAGAGCUUUCACGUUCCUUGUGCAAAAUUGACCCCAGAAUGUCGAUGGGAUAAUGAUAACUUUGUUGUGUUGUGUCCUCUUCAUGCUUCUCUUAAACUACCAAAUGAGACAUCUGGAUCUCAAGUGAAACACAAAAAGCAAAGUGUUCGAAAAAGACAUUCUCAUAUCCAUCAUCCACAAGUCACCAUUAAGCAUGAUAAUAGCACAUGUCGUAAGUGGAAGUCUCAGAGACCAUCUGAAAAGUUGGUUCUCUGUUGUUCAGCUCUCACAGAUGCCGAGAAGGAAACUGUUUCUGAAUUUAAGAGGUUAUCUGGAGUUAGAGUAUUGAAGAACUGGGAUUCUAGUGUCACCCAUGUAAUUGCAUCUACAGAUGAGAAUCGAGCAUGCAGAAGAACUCUCAAGUUUUUGAUGGGUGUCUUGGAGGGGAAAUGGAUACUGAGCAUUGAUUGUCAGUACAUUGGGGUUAAGUCUUGCAUCAAGGCUGAAGAACUUGUUGAUGAGCAACAUUUUGAAAUUGAUAUUGACGUCCACGGAAUCAGGGGGGGCCCUCAACUUGGAAGACUAAGACUUUCAAACCAGUUGCUGCUGGAGGAACAGUUUUUGUACAGAAAGCCUGUUUCAGGAGACCAGGAAGCAGCUGUGUCAUCUGGAUACUCAAAAUCACCAGUAUUCAUAAUUUAUAGCCUUGAGUUACAAGAGAAGUGUGCUCCAAGCAAGAGAAAUUUGAUAUUAAGCCGUAGGCGAACUGAUGCAGAGGAGCUAGCGAGUUCAACUGGGGCUAUAGUAGCAAGCAAUUCUUGGGUUUUGAACUCCGUUGCUGCCUGCAAGUUGCAAAACUUUGCAGAAUAG